AUGGCCCGAACGACCACCAUUUCAUUGGAUAAAGCGUACCUCGUAGCGAUAUGGCUGGAGACUCUGUUCUACGGUGUGAACAUCGUCCUCUUCGGUUCCUAUCUCUACAUCUCACGCUACAAGCAUCGAGCACGGAAAAUCAAGCGAGUCAUCAUGGUCUCCGCUAUCACCAUGUUUCUCUUCUCGACCAUACAUGUUUCUCUCGGACUUGUGCGCUUGAUCCAGGGAUUCAUCGAGUUCCGUGAUGCGCCAGGUGGUCCGGCGGCGUUCGUGGCGGACACCUCUGCGCCUGUGAAUGUGGCAAAGAUCAUCAUCCACACGAUUAAUUCGAUCAUUGGGGAUAGUAUCGUGGUUUGGCGCUGCUAUCAUGUUUGGGCCGCGAACAUCUACAUAUGCAUCUUGCCCAUCCUUCUGAUCGCAGCAUCCGCAGUUUCGGGGCUUGGGCAAGGUAUAAUCUUCGCUCAGGACAAGACCGGUGACGGCACGUUCUCUCGACUCAGGCUCACCUUCGUCGGAUGUGGCUGUCGAUGGCUGUAG